UCUCCCUCUCUGCGUUUUGGCUUCUGGGUUUUCGAAUUCAGAGCUCAAUGGGUGGUGGGUCAGUGAAGGACGUGAAAUCGAAGCAGGAGCUUGAUGGGUUGGUCCAGAGUGGCGCACCGGUUGUGCUUCACUUCUGGGCUUCAUGGUGUGAGGCCUCUAAGCACAUGGACGAGGUCUUCUCACAUCUGUCUACUGAUUUCCCUCAUGCCCACUUCUUGAGGGUUGAGGCUGAGGAGCAGCCUGAGAUUUCUGAGGCUUAUGCUGUUUCUGCUGUGCCCUUCUUUGUGUUUUCUAAGGAUGGUAAGAUUGCUGAUAAAUUGGAAGGUGCAGAUCCAUCUAGUUUGGCCAAUAAAGUUGCAAAGGUUGCUGGGUCAGUUAACCCUGGAGAACCAGCAGCUCCUGCCAGCCUUGGGAUGGCUGCUGGUCCAACUAUCCUUGAAACCAUUAAAGAUUUGGCAAAAGAAAAUGGGUCUUCCCAGGUAAAGAUUGGAGCCGGUGAUACAUUGCAAAAGCGGCUGAAGCAGCUGAUUGAAUCUAAUCCAAUCAUGCUUUUCAUGAAAGGGAACCCCGAAGAGCCCAAAUGUGGAUUCAGCCAAAAAGUCAUUGACAUUUUGAAGGAAGAGAAGGUCAAGUUUGGAAGUUUCGAUAUUCUAUCAGACAGUGAAGUUAGAGAGGGUUUAAAGAAGUUCUCUAACUGGCCAACAUUCCCUCAGCUUUACUGCAAAGGGGAGCUUCUUGGUGGGUGUGACAUUGCAAUUUCAAUGCACGAAAGUGGUGAACUAAAGGAAGUUUUUAGAGACCAUGGUAUUGGUACUAUAGAUUUUGCUGGGGCAAAUGUGAUUGAAGCUGGAAGUGGAAAAGGUGGAACCUCAGCAUCUACUGGUUUGAAUUCAACUCUAACCUCUCGGCUUGAAAAUCUGAUUAACUCAAGCCCAGUUAUGCUGUUUAUGAAGGGAAAACCAGAAGAACCCAAGUGUGGGUUCAGCCGGAAGGUGGUUGAUAUCCUUUCACAAGAAAAGGUGGAGUUUCAGUGCUUCGAUAUUCUUUCUGAUGAGGAAGUUCGUCAAGGGCUCAAAGUUCAUUCAAACUGGUCCAGUUAUCCUCAACUAUAUAUCAAGGGUGAACUUAUCGGUGGAUCAGACAUUGUUUUGGAGAUGCAGAAAAGUGGAGAACUCAAGAAGGUUUUAGCAGAGAAAGGGAUUGUUCCAAAAGAUUCUCUUGAAGAUCGUUUGAAGAAAUUGAUUUCUUCAUCACCAGUAAUGCUCUUCAUGAAGGGCACACCGGAUGCUCCAAAAUGUGGUUUUAGUUCCAAAGUUGUUAAUGCCCUGACAGAAGAUGGUGUGAGUUUUGGGUCAUUCGAUAUUUUAACUGAUGAGGAGGUGAGGCAGGGGCUUAAAGUUUUCUCGAAUUGGCCAACCUUUCCUCAGCUGUACUAUAAAGGUGAGCUAAUUGGAGGAUGCGACAUUAUACUGGAGCUGAAGAACAAUGGAGAGCUUAAGGCUACUCUGACGGAGUGAAACCUUGGCCCUGUUUUAUCAAAUAAUCCCAGAAAACCGUGAUAUCAAUUGUUAUCCUGAUGUGUUUUAAGUGUCUGAUGACAUUAGACACUUCCUAAAAGUUUGCUUCAGAUACUUUCUUAAUAUACCAAGUCAUAUGUUUCCUUGAUAAUUGAUGUUUGCAUACUUGGGAUUAUUUGUGAUAAGCAAUUUCUGAAGUUCAUCUUUUGCUGCU